AUGCCCUCUGCGUCGCCAGCGGGGCCCUGGGCCUCGGCCGCCCCCAAUGCCACGGGCCGCUCGUCUCCGGGGGCCAACAGCAGCGUGCCGGAGCUGCCUCUGUUCCACGUGUUCGCACUCCUGGAUGAGCAGCUGCACGCGGCCUUCCCGGGCCUGUGGCUGGCGCUGAUGGCGACGCACGGCGUCAUCUUCCUGGCCGGGCUGGUGCUCAACGGCCUGGCGCUGUACGUGUUCUGCGGCCGCACUCAGGCCAGGACGCCGUCGGUCAUCUACACCAUCAACCUCGUGGUCACCGACCUGCUGGUGGGCCUGUCGCUACCCACACGCUUCGCCGUCUUCUACGGCGCCCGCGGCUGCCUGCGCUGCGCCUUCCCGCACGUCUUCGGCUACUUUCUCAACAUGCACUGCUCCAUCCUCUUCCUCACCUGCAUCUGCGUGGACCGCUACCUGGCCAUCGUGCGGCCCGAUGGUGCGCACCGCUGGCGCCAGCCCGCCUGCGCGCGGGCCGUGUGCGCAGCCGUGUGGCUGGCGGCGGGCGCCGUGACCUUGUCGGUGCUGGGCGUGGCGGCCGGGGGCGCGCCCUCCUGCCGCGUGCUCGCGCUCACCGUGCUGGAGUUCCUGCUGCCCCUGCUGGUCAUCAGCAUCUUCACGGGCCGCAUCGUGUGCGCGCUGUCGCGGCCCGGUCUGCUGCGCCAGGGCCACCAGCGCCGGGUCCGGGCCAUGCAGCUGCUGCUGACGGUGCUGGUCAUCUUCCUCGUGUGCUUCACGCCCUUCCACGCCCGCCAGGUGGCCGUGGCGCUGUGGCCGGAGCUGCCGCACAGCGCAGGCCUCGUGGCCUACCACGUGGCCAUGACCCUCAGCAGCCUCAACAGCUGCAUGGACCCCAUCGUCUACUGCUUCGUCACCAGCGGCUUCCAGGCCACCGUCCGCGGCCUUUUGCGCGGCCGUGGUGCAGAGUACGAGCCUGGCGGUGAUGCGCUCGUCAUGCAGAAGAGCGCCAAGAGCUCUGCACACCCCAUCCUGGGUGCCAGCCCAUGCGCCCUCACGCAGGCCCUGGCCAAGGGGCCUGAGGCUUAG